AUGUAUGCUGUUUUAUUCCUAGUGACAUUUAUUAUUCGUGCAAAUGAUGCAUUUUUGUGUCCAAGUUCUAACGGAGUCUAUGUAAAUCCCGAUGAUUAUCGAUCUUAUUAUGUGUGUUCCAAUUAUUGCUAUAGACUUGAAUAUUGUGUAUCGCCUGCAAUUUAUUUUACACGAACUAAUCAAACAUGUGUUCCAGAACCGCCAAAUUGGCAAACACGUUAUGAUUUGUCAGGUCAAUAUAAAUCUACUGAAAAUGCCGACGUAUUUGUUCAACAACAAGGGUACAGUGUAUAUAUUACACAUGAGACAAGUACAACACACUAUACACUUAUUGCACGGUAUAUUAAUGAAACACAUGCAAUAGGAAUUCAAACAGUACAUCAAUUAGUAAAUCAUUGUAUUACUGUAUUCGAUGUUCGUAUAGUAGCAACUGGUAAUGGAGCACAUUGUUACUAUGGAACUUUUCAUCCACUUAGUUCAAAAUGUGAUCUUUCGGAAAAGUAUUCGGGAAAUUAUUGUAAGAAAUAUUAA